CACACUCGCUCUGCUACUAGCUACUAGCAGUAGAGAAGUAGAGGAGAGAGCAUCUAGCUAGCGCCGUCGGACGGAGCUACCUCACCGCCGACCGCGCGCGAAGAGAUCGAUGGCUCAUGCUGUUACGCUCGCUGCUGCAGCCGCGGUCGUCGUCCUCAUCGUCGUCUGCUGCUGCUCCUCUUCGGAGGCCGCCGGCCACAGCGUCAACGCGAGGCAGCCGCCGCUGGCGCCCAGCCUGUCCUUGGACUUCUACAAGCGGAGCUGCCCCAGGGCGGAGUCCGUCGUGCGGAGGUUCGUGCAGGACGCCGUGCGCAGGGACGCCGGCCUCGCAGCCGGCCUCCUCCGCCUCCACUUCCACGACUGCUUCGUCCAGGGCUGCGACGCGUCCGUGCUCCUGGACGGCUCAGCCACCGGCCCGGGCGAGCAGCAGGCGCCGCCCAACCUCACGCUGCGCCCCACCGCGUUCAAGGCCAUCAACGACAUCCACGACCGCCUCCAGAAGGAGUGCGGUGGCGCAGUCGUGUCCUGCUCCGACGUCCUCGCGCUCGCCGCCAGGGACUCAGUCGUCGUGUCCGGAGGUCCCAGCUACAAGGUGCCGCUGGGUCGGCGCGACAGUGCGAGCUUCGCGACGCGAGAGGACGUCCUGAGCGGGCUCCCGCCGCCGACGGCCGCCGUGCCGGCGCUUCUCGCCGUGCUGUACUGCUGUCCAAGAUCAACCUGGACGCGACGGACCUGGUGGCGCUGUCGGGCGGCCACACCAUCGGGCUGGGCCACUGCGCGUCCUUCGAGAGCCGCCUGUUCCCGCGCCAGGACCCGACGCUGAACGCCACCUUCGCCGGCCACCUGCGCCGGACCUGCCCGGCCAAGGGCACCGACCGCCGGACGCCGCUGGACGUGCGCACGCCCGACGCGUUCGACAACAAGUACUACGUCAACCUGGUGAACCGUGAGGGGCUCUUCACCUCCGACCAGGACCUCUUCAGCAACCCCGGCACCAGGCCCCUCGUCGAGAAGUUCGCGCGCAGCCAGAGAGACUUCUUCGACCAGUUCGCCUUCUCCGUGGUGAAGAUGGGGCAGAUCAAGGUGCUCACGGGCGCGCAGGGGCAGAUCCGCAGGAACUGCUCCGCCCGCAACGCAGGCAUGACGUGGUCCGUCGUCGACGAGGCUGCACAGCAGAGCUUCGUGUUCUAGACUUUGUACGUACUAGCUGGCUACUGUGUGGGCGGCGGUGUCCUGUCAACAGAACAGAUAGCUAGCAGUAGCACUGGACGGCAUGCAGCGCCCCCAUGCAUCUAGCUUGGACAAAUAAAAAUGGCCAUGCAUAAAUAAAUCUACCGCAACCAAUCUUC